CUAACCAGUUAUCCGGGUUUGGAGCUGUCCGGGUUCCCCCAUUUCCAUCAUCAACCCCUCAGCCCCAAUUCGGCAGGACUGCAAAACAUAAUUUUAUCUCUCUGAGCAAUUAUUCAUCGAAACAGCAUCUCACACGAUUGGGCUUCUCUCUUUUGCUUGUAAUCCCCUAAUUCUUAUUUUUGCUUUCGUACAAACGUGCGCUUGUAUUUUUAAUCCUAGGGUUUGGGAUCACCCUCAGGCGUGAGUGUUCAAUUUAAAUUAAAACAACAUUUCAGGCUUUGUAACAACAAAAUACAAAUCCAAUACGCCAAUUGCACUGAUUUUUUUUGCCCAUGAAUUGCUGAAUAUUGCCCACUGAAUUCAAUUUUGCUUAUAUUUUCUUUGUUCAGAGUUUAAUUUUCAAAUGUGAUAUUUUAGACUAAGGACUAAAGAUUGCAAACAGAGAGAGAGAGAGAUUAGUUGAUUGAGUUGAGACAUGGGCUGAUGCUAUGAGUAGGCCAUCAUUUAGGCCUCGACCCCUUGACAUCCACAAGAAGCUGCCUAUUGUAAAAUCUUUUAAGGAAUUCGAGGAUGACGAGGUCCCGACUUCUACUCGUAACUCCCAGAUGCUCCGUAUCGUCUCAGAGGCUGAUAAUGAGGCUCCUGUAUAAACUCUUCCAGGGAACUCAAAGGGACUUGCACUUUACUGAAUCAAAGGGUCCAAUCCUAAUCUUGGAGGUACAACAAGCUCCUAGCAAAAAAGUUGCUUCAGAAAUACCCACUCCUGAGUUCGUGGUAGUGGAUACAUAUGAAAGAGACUAUUCCCGUACUUUCACUCAACCAACAUCAUAUCUUCGUGCAAGGGGAGCCAGAGCUGAGAUCGGAGAAAUUGUGGAGUAUGAUCUUGACAAUGAGGAUGAAGAUUGGCUUCAAGAAUUCAACAAAGAAAGAAAAACUCUUGCAGCUGAAAAGCUUGAGACAAUUCUGUUUAAAUUAGAGGUUUUAGAUCACAAGGCUCGGGAAAGAGCAGGACUUAUCGCUCCCACACUUGGCUCAUCGAUUCCGGUGAUUUUAACUUUCGAUGCUGCUGUUGAGGCCUUGCAAGCUCUUUCCAUCAAAUAUGGGGUUUUCCAAUCUAUCUAUUAUUACUGGAAGGACAAGCGGGAACGAUGGCAAAAACCAAUUCUUCGACAUUUACAGCCACCUCCACCAGUCAAUGAUACCAAUCCAUACAAUGUAUUCAGGCCAAGAGAGAAAGCUCAUAGGCUUCACACUAGGAGAAUGCAAAGGAGGGAAAACAAUGUGCAGUCCUUUGAAAAGCUCCGUCAGGUCAGACGCAACCUCGAUCAAGCGAAGACAAUUAUUGAGACUCUGAUAAAGAGGGAAGAGAGAAAAAGAGAACUUGUGGAGAGUGAGGUUAUCCUUCAAAGAAUUCAAAUGAAGUAUAAGCAUGAAACUGAGCUCCUAGAAGAUAGCUUGGCACUUCCUGGAUUGCCGUCCUUCCCCAGCAAGCUCGGUUCAAGUGAAGACGAAUUUGUUGAUUCUGAUGACGUGGCAAAUAGCCGCCCAACCCCUCGUCCUGCUUCGGUGCAAAACCCAUCUUUCGCAGAAACGAAGCUGGUGAUGGCUUCUACGGGAAGCAUGAGGCAAGAGGUCAGACGGCGUCAUGUUCCACAUAGUUGGCUUCGUAAUCUGGAUCCAAAUGAACCAAUCUUCUUGUUCACUAAACCACUAGAUCCAGAUAAACUAGCAGCAGCAGGCAUUAUACCUCCAUCGGAUUCGUCAACCCCAAAUGGCAUGUCUGCACGCUUGUUUAAUUAUCGUGGGAGAAUUGGCCGAGGGGGCCGAAUAGUGUUUGAUCGAUGGAAUCCUAUAACACACACUCCAAUUGAGUGUGGUGAUACGUUGUACGUACCACCAGAACACCAUCAUUCUGCCCGUCAUUAAUUCCAUUGCCCUUCCACAAGCUUUCUUCUAGAACCAUGCCCUUCAAAUCAUUACAUGGUCGUUUCUGUUUGGAUGAAGGUGGGUUCAAGAAAUUUUUCCAGUUAUGGACAAGACACAGAAAUGAAAGCGACUCCCAGGGGGUUUUACUGAGUUCUUCGAGUAAGCCCCAUACUUCUCAUCUGUCCUAGCACAAUUAUUUUUGUUUUGUUGGGUAGACUGGAAAAGAGCAGCUUACCAUAUCUGGUUAAUGGCGGGAGUUAAUCUGGAAGGCCACAUUAGUUGCAUUUACAUUUGUAUUUCUACUGUAAAUAGAUGGGGAAAAAAAAAGGGGUGCAAGGUAAUUCUAUUCCAUCUUUGUAGCAAAACAAAGUUCAGAAUUUAAAUGAGUCAAAUGCUGCAUGUGAUGGUCUGUUUGUAUAUGCGGGUAGUUCACUUCUUUAUUUUUGUCAAAUUCUGUACUUUUAUUUUCGAUCUUUCCUCCCUCUUCCCGAUU